CCACCACCCACCAAGCCUGUCGACUCGGCCGCCGCUCACCGCCGCGCCUGCCUCACACCUGGUCGCCACCGCCGCCCGCUCGCCCACCGCGCGCAGCAUGGGCGACGCCGCCUACCGCGGCAUCUCGGCCUCGCACGGCGACAGCCGCUUCGCCGGCAAGGAGGCUCGCCAGAUUGCCGCCCUCGCCGCGCAGGGCAAGUUCCCGCCGAGCUUUGCGCAGCGCGUCGACGUGCGCCGCGUCGCGCUCGACGUCGUGCGCCCGUGGAUCGCCGACAAGACGCGCGCGCUGCUCGGCUUCGAGGACGACGUCGUGUGCGAGUAUGCCAUGGGCAUGCUCGAGGGCGACGAGAACCGCUUUCCCGACCCCAAGAAGAUGCAGCUCUCGCUCACGGGCUUCCUUGAGUCGUCGACUCCGGAAUUCAUGUCGGCGCUCUGGGCGCUUCUGCUCGACGCGCAGGACGCGCCCGGCGGCAUCCCGCGCGAGCUCGUCGAGCUCAAGAAGGCAGAGCUGGCCAAGGCUCGUGCUGCGGAUGCAGAGGCUGUACGCGCUGCCAGCGUGCGUGGCGCUGGUGCGUCGGGCAUGCGCAGCGGAGAAGGCGGCGGGCGCCCCGGCUUUGCUGGCGGUCGAGGCGGACCGCCCUACGGCGGCAGAGGCGGCGGACGCGGCCCUGCGAACGUGUUCCAGGACAAGAGCGGCAACGUGACCGAACGCUCGCAGGAUGUCGGCUGGGGAGCGCGUGCGGGUCCACGCCACGAGGAGCGUGGGUCCGACCGCUACGGCAGCGCGGCGCAGCCUCCUUACUACGAGCGCGCGCACGAUUCCCAUGCGCGCGACCCUCGCAACCACCGCGACCGCGACUACGAUCGCGCGCACGCCCGCGACGAGCGCUCGCGCUACCUCGAUCGAGGCGACGCCGGCGGCCAGCGGCGUUCCUCGAGCCGCGAGCGCCCGUCCCGUGCGCGCUACUCCGGCGGCGGCCGCGAGUACUCGCCGCCGCCACGCCGACGUGAGGCGUCGCGAUCCUCGUCGCGCUCGCGCAGCCCAAGCCGCAGCCGGUCACGCAGUCCUCGCCGCAGCUCGGGCGCGCCGCGCAGACAUGUCUCUCGGAGCCCGCAUCGCCGCAGCAGCUCGUGCGGCGAUGCCGGGCGCUCAGCUCCGCGCGACGCUCGCCGGCGUCGCGACUCUACCCCGUCGUCUGCUCGAGACCGCUCCGCGGGCUCGACGCCUCCGCUUCGCGCACGUCGCGACCCGCGCGACCACUCUCCUCUGCCACGGAGACGCGACUACUCUCGCGAAAGCUCGCCAGCGUCGCCCCAUCGCCGGCCGUACGUGCCGCGCGACGACGACACGCCGCCUGCGCGCCGCUCCUCGCACGCUGCCCGGACCGCCGAGAGGAGCCCCUCGCCCGUCCGUCGGCCGCGCGAGGAGGACGUGCCACAGCCACGCAAAAAGAGCCGGUGGGACUAGAGGCAAUGCAUACGCGCUGCGAUCAUCCCGACUGCGUGAUGCAGGCGAGCAGGCUGCAGUGCGAGUCGUAGCUGACAUGACUUGGGCGAGUGAGAGCGGCUUGCGCCCCACCGCAAGAUCUGCAGCGGUGCUAGCCUGACAGCGGAGGCUGGCGGGCUGGGGAUCAUAGCGAGCGCCAGCAUCAGGCGCGAAGCACAAAGGCGUGCAGCUGACGUCUCCGAGUCGACCAGAAAGCAUGUCAGCUUCUGAUGCCUCGCACGCGAGUGCCGGUGAGCAGAGCGCACUGCCGAUGCCGUUGCCGAC